AUGCAUGAUCGCUGCGAAAAAUGUCUGUUCCAGGAGGAGACUUACAAGGAGACAGAGUCGAUCUUCAACCGUAGCAACGACGUGAAGAGCAAGGUAGCGAAAUGGCAGAACAACAACGUGGAGAACAAGUAUCAGUCUUCUGUUCGACAAAGCGACGUUUCGAACGAAGGUGAGAAAGGCAAGGAGAAGUACUCGAAGAAGAUCGAGUGUCAGAAAUCGUGGGAGGAUCAGAGGAUGGAGGAACUUUUGGAGAACGAGCGGAAGAACAGCAAGAACGAGAUCAACGCGAAAUUGAACAACCAAGAGAAUUACGAGAACGCUGUUAUCGAGACGAAGAAAUCCAAUUCCGACGAUAAUCCACGAAAGAUCAAGAGAAUCGACCUGAAAGCCUACGGAUUUGAGAAUGAGUUCUUCUCGAAUAGAACGAUCAAAACCUCCGCGCCUAGAGUGGUGAACAAACUGGAUUUGAAAUCGUUCGGUUACGACGAUGGAAUUCGUCGAACUCAGUCUAAUAUUCAGCUGAACAGUAUAGGAAGCGACGAGUUCAAGCCGAGGUUUCUUCGAAUGUCGAACAAGUCGAACUUGACGCGACGUAAUGAUUAUGACAGUGAUCGUCGUGAUAUGAUAGAAAGUAAUCGAGCUUCCGGUGAUAGUAACCUAACUCAGAGCACGGAAGCUUUGAAUAAAUUCGAGGACGAUGGGUAUGAUUUUGGGUUGAAGUCUGCGAAAUCGGUGCCGAAUAUAGCCAAGUUUUACUCGAACAUGAGCAACGAGGAGGACGAAGAAAUGCAGGAUUAUAAUCAGAAUUCGUACAACGAGAUUGGGAUUAUUAAGAACGGAUCGGUGAAGAAUGCUAAUAAUUACAAGGCGGAGAAGUGUAAUAUAAAGAGCAACGACUCGUCGAUCGACGAGUCGGAAAAUGACACGGAUGUUUCCUCGGAGAGGGAACAGAGUAGUCGAUCUAUUGGAGAUAAUACUAAGAAGACUUUGAGCGACGAGGAGUUUGAUAACAAGGUGCUUCCCAUGCCGUCGGUGAGGAGACUCGCUCAGGCGUUUAGCAAGCAGACUGAGAAUAUUCCUGCUUCCAUUUCGAAGAUCACGAAGUCGAGCAACGUGUACAAGGAGAGAUCGUCGACGCCGGAGAUCCAAAUAGUGGAAACACCGCGGCAAAUGCACAGUUUAACGGCGCGAUCGCUUUCGAAGCAGUUUCGAGAGGGUCUCAGACAGAUACCGAACAAAGUGACUUCACCACCAGCGAGUCACGUCGCCAUGGAGCAGCCAAAUAUACCGGAGAACCAAACGGAAGUGGUAGCGGCCAAAGGCGAUAACGUGUCGAACGACACAAAUGUGAUUUUACCCGGGAAACUAAAGUCGAAUAUAAUAUUCUGGGAACAGAUGCAGAAGAAGAAUUAAACACGCUCCAUACGCUCGAAAUUGGAUUGAAUUUUUCACAACGUCUCGCAAAAUCAGAGUAGACUUAAGCCAACUUUUUUAGUAGAUCGAGUUAAAAAAUUAAGACGUGUAAUUUGAGAGAAAAAAAAUUUUUUUUUUUAUUUCAACGUGAUGGAAAUCACUUUUGAAAGGUAAAAUUCGGGGAGGUAGAAGAUGUAGGUUAGCAUCCUUGCUCAAAUGUAAGAAUGUUUAACGUCGUUUAAGAGGGGAGAGUCGAUCAAUUGCAUAUAGUAAUGCAGGCUCAAUGAUCGAUCGAUUAAUAACGAAGGUAAAGGCAAUUGCAUUUAACGUGAUUGUGUGUGCCAAAUGAUGAUAUAAAGCAGUGAUUGCCAAAGAGAACAUUCGAACGUGAUCCUUCGAGCAGCGAUUUUCUUCUAUUAUUAUUGGAAGCAUGUUUCCAGCGAAAUUUUAUGAAAAUUCUACGAUACCACGAUCGAUAAUUGUACAUACACAUCGCCUGAACAUAGUCCGAAGCAUCGAAAUCGUUUUUUGUGUAUAUAUAAAGAGGAAAAACGCUAAUGUAGUCACAAAAUUUUAUACGUAUAAAUCUCCAAGUCUAGCGUUCCCAUAUAUCGCUAUUUAUUAUUUAUUAACGUCCAAAUAUAUAUGUAUACCGGUGUAUAUACGAAUCACGAGUAUAGGUGGGCA